AUGUACUAUAAUUACAAACAUUUUUUUUCUAUUAACCUACUGGCUGUAACUGAUGCUAAUUAUAAAUUUAUAACCGUCGAUAUUGGAUCUUACGGAAAAGACAGUGACGGUGGAGUGCUGUCGAAUUCAAAAUUUCUAAAAUGUAUAGAAAAUAAUUCACUAAUUAUACCAAAAGAAGAGGAAUUGCCAAACAGUAACAUUAUUGUACCGUAUGUUUUUAUUGGGGAUGAGGCAUUUCCUUUACGGAAUUAUCUUAUGAGACCAUUCCCUAGAAAUCAACUUCAAGAUCAAGAAAAAGCAGUUUUCAAUUAUAACUUAUCUAGAGCCAGAAUGACGGUAGAAUGUUCUUUCGGUAUUGCAGCAGCCAAAUUGAGAAUAUUAAAUAAACCAAUUGAGACAAGUGUUGAUAAAGCUACUAAAAUUGUUCAGGCUAUUGCAGUCCUUCAUAAUAUAAUUAUAGACUUUGAAGAUGUACCAAAAGAAUUUAAUGGUUUCGUAGACACAGAUGGUAUACGAAAGUAG